AUGCCCGCCCAAAAAUCUAAAUCUUCGGCCAGCAACGGCGCUGCUAAAAGCUAUAGUGCUAAAGUAACUCCCGACAGCACCGUUCCCUCGUCACCCGCUCCUUCUAAAACUGACCUUAGUACAUCUGCGGUCACAGGCUCCGGAAAGCCAGAUAAGGCUGCAUAUGAUGCGGAGCAGGAGAGAAUCAGAUCUGAAAUUGAUGGUUUACAGACCAAACUUGCUGCCGUCCGGGAAAAAAUAUCGUCGGCAACCCAGUCUGGCACUGGAAAUGACAAACGCACAGCUCUCAAGGCUGAAUUGGACGGUAUACGCGAUCAACAGUCAUCCAAUAAGCUAUCCCGAGGCAAGACGCUUGACCAGCUCAAAUCGAUUCAAGAUGGCAUUCAGAAAAGCAACUUGGACAAACAAGUGGAAUCUGGUACCAUGAAAGUGGUGGAUGAAAAACGUGCCCUUCAGGAGAUUAGCCAAUCACGACGGACGCGUAAAAUAGUCGAGAAGUUCCAAGCAGAGCAAGAGUCGAUUGAAGCCGACCGCCAAGAAAUUGAACAACUGAAGAAGUUACUUGAUGACCCGGAGUCAAAGGCAAUCUCGGAGCGUUAUGACUCCCUCAAAGCCGAACUGGACGAACUCAAAAAGGCAUCCGACGAGGCGUACGCAGAUCGAAGCAAGCUUUUUGAAGAGCGAGACGGUAUUCAGGCACAAAUAAGUGCUCUCUUCAAUGAGAAGCGCGAGUCAUCAUACCGUUUCCGGGAUGCGAAUGACCGGCAUUGGGCCAAGAUGCAGGAGGACCGCGCUCGACGCGCUGAGAAAGCUCGUGCUCAGCGUCUUGCAGAAGAGUCACAGAGGAAGCUGGAAAUCGCCGAACGUCUGCGUGAAGACGCAUCACUUCCCGCCUUCCAAACGCAGAUCGAAGACUGCCAGACUCUCAUUGGCGUACUCUCUGGGAAAUCCGUUGGCAAUGGAGUGUUGACAUCCUCAUUGGCGCCAGCCCCAUCGGACGUUGCUGGCGUUCCGCAGUUGGAGAUUCGACAGGUGGAUGCAGUUGACAUGGUGGCACAGAAAAAGAAAGACGAAGAAUCAUAUUUCGUUGGGAAAGCGAAGAAAGGGAAGAAAGCCCCCAAAACCACCUCCCCAGCUGAAACCAACGCCAUCCAUCUACCUUAUGGUCAAUUAUCUGCGCUGCUUUCGCUAUCUAUAUCGCCCCCGUCGGGCCAGGCUGAUGUUCCUCGUGUCAUCGAGAACUUGAAGACGAAGAAAGCCUGGUAUGAGGCCAACCAAGCCCGCCAAACUGCGGAAAAUGUCGCCAAAGCCGAGGCAGAGAUCCGACGUCUGACAAAUGGCGCCAAGACUGAUGGCAAGCGGAACGUUACUCCCGGCGAGGUAUCUCCACCGAACGGCGGUGGCGAGCAUUCGGAAUCUACCCCCACUCCUUCGGGUGAUCAGAUAGAUAUACCUGGAGAUGAGGUUGACGAGAAGCUCGAGGAGGUUCAGGAUGACGCUGAGAAGAACGAAACUUUGUAG